CUUCUCUCUCUGCUUCUCUUUCAUUUUCCUUCUUUCCCCAUUUGAUCUGAUUGCAUUUAUCAUCUGUACCAGUAGAAGACCUCCUCCUCCUGCUGCUCCUGCUGCUGCUUCGGCUGCCUGUGUGCAACACAAGACAGAGACAGAGUCAUGCUUGUACUGCUGCAAUCGUCAAGACACAAGAAGUCUCUACUCAAUCUAGCCACAACCCUUUUCGUUCCAUUCUUUUUUCUUUGCCUCUUUAGCUUGCCCACGCUCUACCAUGCCUGCAAUCAUCGUGAUCGGGUCUCUCUGCUAUACUUCUCCCAAAACCUAUCAACUCCUCUGAAUUGGUCUACCUCUUCUUCUUCUUCUUCGGAUUGCUGUAUUUGGGAUGGUGUUCAUUGCGAUGGCAACGGUUGGGUCACUAAUCUAUCGCUUUCUUCCAGAGGACUCAGAGGUUCCCUUUCUCCCUCCCUUGCUAACCUCACCCGACUCUCUUACCUCAAUCUUUCUCAUAAUUUCUUUUCUGGGUCCGUUUCACCUUCCUUCCUCUCCUCCUUUGAUCAACUACAGACCCUCGAUUUGAGCUUCAAUCAUCUCACUGGCAAUUUACCGACUUCUGCAUCACCUGACCGUCCCCUGUCUCUGCAGACCAUUGAUAUCUCAUCCAAUCUCUUCAAUGGAGAUUUUCAGUUAUCGUUUCUUGGACUUGUUCCCAAUCUGUCAACAUUGGACAUCAGCAAUAACACCUUCACUGGCCUCAUUCCUUCUUCAAUAUGCCUGAGUUACAAUAUGGUCAAGCUCUUGGAUUUCUCCUUCAAUGAAUUCAGCGACCAGAUUCCUUCUGGGCUUGGAAGCUGUUUGCAUCUCGAGGUGUUCAAAGCAGGUUGGAACCAACUCUCAGGAACCUUACCCAGUGACAUCUAUAAUAUACUUUCGCUGCGGCAACUCUCUUUGCCCUGCAACAACAUAUCAGGAAACAUCGAUGGUGCUGAUCAGAUUGUGCGUCUCGCCAACCUCGUCGUUCUUGACCUCUCCUUCAAUGAAAUAACAGGGCAGCUACCUCAGGACAUUGGAAACCUAAGGAAUUUGGAACAACUUAUCCUCUACAAGAACAACAUCAGUGGUCCUUUACCUUCUUCCAUGACGAAUUGCAUCAAUCUCCGAGUCCUGAAUUUAAGGGACAACCACUUCGAAGGGGAGCUAACCGCCAUUGAUUUCUCUAAACUUGUACAAUUAAACACGUUGGAUCUGGGUGGAAACAAAUUCUCAGGUAAUCUGCCCAUGAGCCUAUACUCCUGUACAUCCUUAACUGCUAUCCGACUCACCACGAACCAGCUUGAAGGGCAAAUUCUGCCAGAGAUACUUGCAUUGCAGAGCUUAUCUUACCUCGCCAUUUCGACCAAUCAGCUAACCAAUAUCAGUGGGGCGUUUCAGAUUCUAAUGCAUGGCAGGAACCUCACCACUCUCCUCCUCUCCAAGAACUUCUAUGGAGAACCGAUUCCAGACGCCAUAGAUUCCAACGGAUUCCAAAAUCUCAGGGUUCUAGCUAUUGGUGGUUGUAAUCUCACCGGUCAGGUACCCACCUGGUUUUCUAAUCUCAAGAAGCUAGCGGUCUUGGAUUUGUCUCAAAAUCAACUCACAGGUUCAAUCCCUGGAUGGUUGGGUACACUACCAAAAUUUUUCUACAUAGACUUGUCUUCUAACUUGUUUACAGGAGAAUUACCUCUGGAGUUCAUAACGUUGCCUUCGUUGGCUUCAUCGGGUCCUCUGGAACAGGUUUAUCUGGAGCUACCCCUCUUGGUCCAGACCCAAAAUUCUACUGGGCAAUUUUACAAUCAGAUCUCCAGUCUGCCCCCUGCGAUAUACCUGAGUGACAACAACAUUAAUGGUAGCAUUCCUCCAGAGAUUGGCAAGUUACAGCACCUUCAUGUACUAGACCUCAGCCUCAACAAUUUCUCUGGCGAGAUUCCUGACCAGUUAUCCAAUCUCACCAACUUGGAAAGAUUGGAUCUUUCGAGGAACAACCUCAGUGAUGAGAUCCCUUCUUCACUGACUCAGCUCCAUUUCUUGUCUUGGUUCAGUGUUGCAUAUAACAAUCUGGAAGGGCCUAUACCAACGGGAGGCCAGUUCGAUACUUUUUCCAAUUCCAGCUUUAUUGGGAAUCCAGGGUUGUGUGGUGCAAUCUUGCAACGAACUUGCCACCUUCAAAAUGAAGAAAACCCCACCAGUCCUGCAACUAGCAAGAGCACCAACUUGAAACAUCUUUUGGUACUUGUUCUUGGGAUAUGCUUCGGGUGCGGUUGUGUGUUCACAGUGUUGACUCUUUGGUGUAUGUCCAGAAGGAUCAAACCUAGAAGAGAGGAUAGUAACAAAAUUGAUCCGAAUCGGAGUUCAUGCAGCUCCAAUCUUGGGUUAACUCCUCAUAUGGUGGAAGACUCCAGUCUGGUGAUGUUAUUCCCAGGCAACUCAAAUGAAUGCAAGGAUCUCCAAAUAUCAGAUAUCUUGAAAGCAACUAACAAUUUUGACCAGGCAAACAUCAUAGGUUGUGGUGGGUUUGGAUUGGUUUAUAAGGCAACAUUACCAAAUGGAACCAAGUUAGCAGUUAAGAAGCUGUCUGGGGACCUGGGUAUGAUGGAAAGGGAAUUCAAGGCUGAGGUUGAAGCUCUCUCUGCAGCUCAGCAUGAGAAUUUAGUCUCCCUACGGGGUUACUGUGUGCACGACGGGUUUCGGAUGUUGAUAUAUUCCUACAUGGAGAAUGGGAGUGUGGAUUACUGGCUGCAUGAGAAGACUGAUGGUUCAUCCAAUCUUGACUGGCCUACUAGGCUGAAAAUUUUGCAGGGAGCAUGCCGAGGGCUUUGUUACAUGCACCAGAUCUGUGAACCGCAUAUUGUGCAUCGGGACAUCAAAUCGAGCAACAUCUUGCUUGAUGAACAUUUUGAGGCUCAUGUUGCAGAUUUUGGGCUUUCACGAUUGAUCCUUCCAUAUAAAACUCAUGUCUCAACUGAGCUGGUUGGGACAUUAGGUUACAUUCCUCCUGAGUAUGGGCAGGCUUGGGUGGCCACCUUGAGAGGAGAUGUGUAUAGUUUUGGGGUUGUCAUGCUUGAAUUGCUCACAGGGAAGAGGCCUGUUGAUGUCUUCAAGCCAAAAAUGUCAAGGGAGUUGGUAGGAUGGGUAAAGCAAACAAGGUCUCAGGGCAGGCAAGAUGAACUCUUUGACCCUCUACUGAGGGGCAAAGGGUAUGAAGAAGAGAUGGUGAAGGUGCUUCAAGUGGCUUGCUUGUGUGUCAAUCAGAAUCCAUUCAAGAGGCCAACUAUCAAGGAAGUGGAGGGUUUGCUUGAGAAUGUAGGGGCAGCCCCAGAGAACCCAAGAUAAAUUGCAGGUUUCUACUGGGAUUUCAGUCAUUUUUCUGUUAGUCUCAACUGUAGUAUUCACAAACGUUUGAGCCUUGUAUCAUAGCCACAGAGUUUUCCCCUUCCCUUUAUACCUGUGAAGUUAACACAAAGAAAAAGUGGUUUUCAACCUCUGUAUUUUGAAGCUGCUGUU